AUGGCAGUUCCCUUCACCUACCACGCUAAGGCGCAAUCCACCUUUAAGCCUCCACUCAUCGCCAAUGAGAACGCCUUCCUGGGUGACGUGCAAUCUAGCGAGAAAGAGAACCCAGACAAGCCCAUGUCAUGUGGUUUCUACCGUCUGGAGAAGGGCACUCCUCUGGUCUACACAUACACCUACGACGAGAUGAAGAUUAUCGUUGAGGGGAAGUUCGAGAUCUCCGAUGAGACAGGACAGAAAGUUACAGCUGUUCCGGGGGAUGUGUUUUAUUUCCCCAAGGGAGCCACAAUCACAUUCACGACGGAAGACUAUGGAUUGGCAUUCUAUACUGGACAACGGAAGCAGGGAGCGGCCUGA